AAACUUUUUAAUAAUUUAAGUAUAUAUUUAUACAUAUUAAAGAAAUCCACCCAAUAUAAAAUAAAUUAAAAAUAUAUACUUAAUUAUAACUUUUACAUAAUUAUUUUAAAAUAAACUUAAUACUAGAAAAAUAUAUGCUUGUAAGUGUAAGAAUGAAAUACUUAUUUAUUACUGCAUUAAAAUAAUUAAUGAACGUAUUUUGGGGAUGUAGUUUGGUUAACAGUUUGAAACGUGGCUGCAAUAUUGCAAAACUGUUUUAUUUUCUGUUCAUUAUUCCACUAAUGGAUAAUCAGUAACCAAAGAUAGUAAAAAUAAACUUAAAUUGUUGGCUAUCAAUUAAUUUUAGUUAACAAUAUCCACAAAAUAGUUAUUCAAAACCGUAUUACCAAAAACACUUAAUAUAAUACUGAAUCAAUUAAUAAUAUAAUUUUUUUUUUUUUUUUUUUAAUACUUAUGACUAAUUUAGAACAAAAAUCCAAAAAUAACUAUGAUUAUUGCUACCCAAUAAUUGGAUAAAAAUGAGGUAUUGGUGAUACAGGAUGAUAAAUACCAAAUUCCAAUAACCACCAAUAAUUGAACAAUGAGGUUUGCCCACAUUAAUCUGUAACAUAAUACAUUUAAAUAUUAAAAACAUAAAAAUAUAAAAUACAAAACUCAUGAACUUACAAAAAAUGUUUUUUUAAAGCUUUUUGCAUGGUUUUAUCAUCUUCUUUAUGUAAAUAUUUGCGUACACCCUUUGUAAGAUUAAUAAAAAAUAUUCUCCAAUUUAAUGAUGUUGGAUCAAUGUAAAAUAUAUGUUGAUCAUCAAUACUCAUUUCUUCUUGUAAGCUAAGAGUUCUGGCAUUAUCAAAUUUCCAUUCAUUAAAAAUGAAUGGAGCCAAUUUUGGAAGAGAUUUAUUUACAUUCUUGUGUAAUCUUACAAGUCUGGUAAUAAUAAUAAAAUAUAGUUGAUAAAUUGGUUAAACAAUGUUAACAUAAAAAAAAAAAAAAUGUCAAAUACUUUAAACAAAAACAAAUAUUCAGUGGUUAUUUUUAAAUGUAUUAUAAAUCUUUAAAUAUUAUGAUUAUUUUUACUAAAAUAUACUCACAUGGGCCUUCCACCAAAAACUUUGGUAAUAAAAUCCAAUAUAUAACCAGGAAUAAAAUGAAAUAUUGCAGUUGAAAUCCAAAACAUGAAUAAAUUUGGCAUAAAUUUUAUAUUUGGAUACCAGACAGCACUAUAUAUGGGAUAAUUAUGCAAAGUAGUAUUCAAUACGGAUGUUACAUUAUUCCAACGAAAUGGAUUACAAGUACUUGUAGUACAAUGAAAAAUUGGAGUUUGUCCAUCUACAGUGGAAUUGCUAAACAAGUUUUACAAUUAUAAUAUAAUUUUAAAAUUUAAAAUAGCACAGUAUUUUUAUGUAAAAAUGAAUUAUUUUUAAUAACUUUUUUUAAAUAUAAUUAUUAUAAUUAAAGAAAAGAAAAUAGAUUGCAUAUUUACCUAUCUGAUAAUUGAGAACUAUACCAUGUACCAGAAAUCAUGGUAUUUAUUACCAAGUCUACAGGUAUAUAAUCAUAUAUUAAUGAUGUAUUUACUGGUAAACGUCUUAUUAUUCCUUUGGAAGCACCCAUAAUAAAUCCUUGUGGACCAUUUUUAGAUACUGUCCAUCCUUCCAUUGGUUGUUUCCAUGCUGCAAGGACUGUAAAAAUAAUUAGUAGUUUAAUUUUUUUUGUCUAAGUGAAGCAAAGAAAUUAUUAGUUUUAUUAUUAUUUUAACCAUAGCCAUAGAAAAGAUGAAAAAAAUGUGACCUAGGAUAAUGGGGACUGGUGCAGCCACUGUUAUAGGUGAAAAUUGGAAUGGUAGUCUGUAAGCAAAAAUAAACCAUUCCUAACCACGUAAUCAAAAAAUGACCUUACAGUACCUCCUGUCAGAUUUAUUAAAAAAAAAAAAAACGCUAUCAUUUUAAAUCUGACCAAAAUAUCUGAUAGAGAAGUUGUUUACAGGAAAAAAAAACAAACACAGUGGUAAAACCAAUACAUUUCUCCCUCCAAUUAGAAUCUAAAAUAAAAUCUUAAAAGAAACAUAAUAUCAUCUUAUAAUGCAUAUCUCCAUAUAGUUUUGCUUAAAAUUGUGAUAUUUUUAUAGUUUCAAUGUAUUUAAUUUGAAAUUAUUUCAAUUAUUUUAGGAUUAUAAGCUAUGAUUUUCAUCAGUCUUUGUCUAGAAGAGAAUGAAAAUUAAUUUUCCUAUAUCGGUCUGUAGUGGAAAACCUCCUAUUUUGAUAUAUGACCUCCAAUGUAUUUAUUUAGAUAUUUUAAUCAACAAUGCAUAAAUAUAUUAUAAAUGAAAUUUGACACUUUAACAAUUUGAUAAUUGUUUAAUAUUAUUGAAUACUAUAUAAUAGUAAUAUAAAUGCAAUAAAAAUAAAAUUUAAAACAAAUAAUGAAUUUAAUAUGAUAAUCAACAUUUUAAAAAUUAUAAAAUAAGAAAAUUUAAUGAGACUUGUGUUUGAAUCUUAAAAAUGAUUCGAAGUUUGUUUUAUAUUUAAUACUGCUACUUUUAUAUCUGCUUAGACAUUUAAUCUAGAGUGAUAUUUGUUUUUAAUUAUUGUCAUAGUUGAAAAAGUUAUUUCACAUAAAUAAUUUAAAGCAAAAAAAAGUAAAAUUUCUUUUGCUUGUUUGGAUAAUUCUAGAUAAUCAUAAACAUGAUCUAAGACUAUUUCCAUUAAUAAGUUAUAGUCAAUUAUGUUUAACCAUGAAAUUUAAUAAAAUCAUUCAACAAAUUUGUUUUGCAAUAACUUAUUUAAUGCAUGAAUAAAAUGUAAACUACAAUCCAUUUAAUCAUUUUAAUAUAUUCAAUAGAACUUGCUGACAUAAAAUUUAAUCAAUUGUAAUAAAAAUAUAUUUCUAUUUAAUUAAAUUAUGAUAUAUACUUACUCAUACUUGGUCGUACAAUACAAGUGCGAAUAAUAUUUCUGGCAUCAUUUAUAACAUGUUCAGCUAAUGCUUUACUGAAUGUAUAAGUGUUUAUAUGAUUUCCUAUUAUCCUAAAAGUAUAAUAAUCUUAUGAUAAUGGGGACUGGUGCAGCCACUUUUAUAGAUAAUUUAAAAUAUACUUGUAAGCAAUGAUAAACCAUUGCUUUCAAAAAAACGAUUCUGAGUAGAGUUCAGUUGUUAUUAAUGCUUUGUGAGCAGUAUAUAUAACAUAUUAUAGUAAAAUAAUUAAAUAGGCUUAAUAUAUUUUCUUAAAUAAUAUUUGUCUAAUGUUGUACCGAUUUUUCCUGUUCUUUUUUCGGUUUUCACAUUUAUUCAUAAAACUAGAGAAAAUCAAAAAACGACCUCUCUAAAGUACCUCCCCAGUUGAAUUUCCUUUAAAAAAAUUUUCUAUCAUAAAUUGAAGCAAAAUUGUUAACAGAAAAAAAAAUAAACAUCUUUGUAAAACCAACAAUUUUUCACUCCACUCAGAAUCUAAAAUGAAAUCAUUUGAAUUGUUUAUAUAAUAAAACUAGAUUUGAGUAUUUUAACUAACUUAUUGGUAGCUUUGUUCAAUUUAUCAACAUCUGUGUUUUGAACAUAAUUAAUAAUAUCAUCAUAAUUAGCUGGAGCAUCAUAAAUUUUUUCCAUCGCAUAGUUUUUAUUACUAUUAACAUAAGCACUUGAAACAUGCAAUAAACACUGCACAAAAGUGUAUCAGUCAAAAAUUGUUUUAUUAGUAGCUUAAGGAUAUAAUAAAUUAAAAUAUUAUAAUAUUACUUGUAAGUUUUUAAUUUCUUUACACAAUUCCACAAUUCUUUUUGUACCUAUCAAAUUGAUAGUCACUGCUGUUUUUAAAUCAGUUUCAAAAUCUAAUGAUGCUGCACAAUGUACAACAAUAUUAAUAUUAUCGCAUAACAUUUUAUAAUCAUCAUCUAAUAAUCCUAACUUUUCCACAGAUAUAUCUCCAUUAACAGAUUGUAUUUUGUUCAAUAAUACAUCACUACCAUCACAACUUUUUAUUAAAUCAAACACCUUGACAUAGAUAAAUAAUAAAUAUUGAUAAUAUUUAAUUUCAGAACUAAAUUUAUAUAUAUAUAUAUGAUUAUAAAUGAAAACUUACUGAAUUAUUUUUCAAAGCAUCCAAUCUUUCUUGUAUGCUUUGUCCUUUUCGAGGUCGAAGUAACACAAAUAUAUUACCAACAUCUGGAAUACUUCGAAGUACUUUUUCUAUAUAAGAAAUUCCAACAAAACCUGAACCACCAGUUAAAAAUAUGUUUUUAUUUGCGUAAAAACUUUUAACUGUUUGGUAUGUCAUUUUGUUGUAAAUAUUUGAUAUAAUAGUAUUAUUCCAAUCAAAUGAAAAAUGACUAAAAAAAAAAUAUAUAUAUGUACAUAUAUAAUAUUAAACAAGAAUUCAAUUUAAACCAGGCUAUAAAUAUUUUUUCAAAAUAGUAAAAUCAAAUUAUAUAAAGUCAAACAAUAUUUUUGUUUCAACAAUUAAAAACUUAAACAAGACAGAACAGAAUUACAAUAUUCAUUAAGUCAUUUGGUAUCUAUAAGUGUGAAUUUAACGCACUAUAAAUCCCCAAAAAAUCAAGUUAAAAACUCAGUGUUAUUGAAAAUAUGAAACUUUUUUUUAUUAUUUUACAUAAUAAGCUUAUAAAACAGAAAAAAAAAUUUUUUUUUCGAGCAAACAAAUAACUGAAAAUUUACAAUUGCAAUUAGGGGCAGUCAAGUUGAGGGCAAGGGGAAUACAUUCCCCAUGAUCCUUUUCUCAUCAAUAUUUAUAUGUGUAUUAUCACAUAUCAUAUAAGUCAGUGAUAAUAUCUAUACAUAUUUAGAUAUUAAAAAAAUAAUACAGAGAAACAAUAAUUGUUAAAAAAAAAUAUUAUAAAAUCAGCCUCAUUCCUUUCCCUCUCAUGACAAAAUCAUUUGACUGUAAUCAUGUAAUGAUCCUAAUAAUUAUUAAAUUCUACUGAACAGACUUCAUUGUGUAUUGUUAAAUAGCCUGUCAUCUAGGGAACAUAUUUCAAAAUAAAAAACCUACUUAAAUAUGACUUACAUACAGCCCCUUAAAUGUUUUAAAGAUGAAAAUUUAAAAAAAUACUUCAUAAAAUGUAUUCACUGUAAAAUACAUUUAAAUUCGUUUUUAACUGUCUAAUUCAAACUUUGUGUUAAAGAAAGUCAUAUAUUACAAUUGUAAGCUAAAAGGAAUACAUUUUCCUACAAUUUAACAUGAUUUGAAACUACUAUUAUACCAGCCCAAUAGCAUAAUAUUAAUAUUUGCUAAAUAUUGGAUAGAAAUACUAGAUUUUAAUUGGCAUAAGAAUUCUAAAGAUAUGAAGUGUCUGUCUGAUUUAUUAUUUCAUAAAUCUCCUAGUGAAAGCAUGCAAACAAUUUCAAAUCAGGUCAUAAAAUAUAAUUGAUACUUCAAUGUGUUGUCACUUAAUGACUCAUGUUACAUUUUUUUUUAUUAUUUCUUGAAUAUUACUAUACAAAAAAUUAAAUGAACUAUAAAAUAAAUGCAAAAUACUUACGUAUAAAGGAAUAUGUUUAAUAACUAUUAAAGGCGUAACUUUUUAGUUUGCUGCAGUGAACUACAAUGAAAAUUAUCGAUCGUAGGAUAAUAUAUAUGAGAAUAUGAUAAAGAAACUUGAUAAGCUUCAUAAUUUCUACCACGGUCGGAAACUUUGCUUUCUCCAUAAAGCGACUCAUGAUGGCUUUCUCUAGAGGGGAUACACCCAGUUCUC